AUGACGGACGUGUUGGGGCCUCAGGGUGUCGAUUUCCUCGAUGGUCUGGAUGUGAAUGAUCCCGAUUACAUACGGGAUUUGCUGCGUCCCGCAUCCAUCAAAGAAGAUGUGAAAUUGAUGGUGCAAAGACGCCGAGUUUCUCUCAUUCUAAAUUCUCUCGCUUUUCGGAACGAGCUAGAAAAGAUAGUUGCAUCGCAGAUGCGUGAUGGUGUUUUGAGUUCCAACGUUAUGGCUCUCAAAAAAUUGGUGGAUUUACUGACGCCGCACGCAAAACUUGGGUCCUCUGCGUUUGCAAAAGGUGUGACGGUGCCUGUUAUUCCUAUAAAUGAUCUACACUCACAAAACACUACCUACUCAAAAUUGGAGCGAAUCAUUCGCUGUAAGGUUGCAUCUACUUAUCGUCUCGUGGAUAUUUUUGGCUGGUCUUCUAGUUCUAAGGGCCAUAUUUCGGCCAAGGUGUUUAAGGAUGGAGAUUCUUAUCUCUUCAACCCAGAAGGACUCCUUUUUAGCGAAAUUACGGCCUCAUCCCUUUUAAAGGUUGACUUGAAAGGUAAUAUUAUUGAUGGUGGCUCACACGGCUUGGGUGUCGACAAGCAGGGAUGGACAUUGCAUGCUGCCGUUCAUGAAGCCCUUCCAGCUAUUCGAUGUGUCAUCCAGUUGAGUACACCAGCGACCAUUGCGAUCUCCUGCAUGUGCACUGACCUGCCGCCAAUCAGUCAGGAGGCAAUGAUGCUGGGUGCUGCGGCCAGUUAUGACCCCGCCAGCAUUGACCAACAUUUGCAAGGUGAGGAACGCAACGCAGCAGAGAUCGCUGUCAUUGGCGAACGCUUGCAGAACACUGCAGGUGGGGAUCCUCGCAUCCUCAUAAUUCGCAAAUACGGCAUUCUUGCCAUGGGCAAGUCUGUCGAGGAGGCCUGGAUGGCGGCCUAUCUUUCUGUUUCGGCCUGCGAAGCCCAACUUCGAUUAGCCUGUGUGGGGAUGGAUGAAUUAGUGAUGCCCGUGGGCGGUGAAGUCCCACCCUCUUUGGACAGUCAGGUGCUGAACGCUACCACUGGGGGGAUGGGUGGUGCCACAGACAGAAGUUGGCGUCCGGGAGAGCUAGAAUUUGAGGCUAUGAUGCGGCGACUGGACGCAGCAGGGUACCGCACUGGCCACCUCUACCGCGUUGGCCAGGUGCAACCUACUGCAGGCACGCGCACUUCUUCCAUCCCUGAGGUACCCGACAAUAUCGACGGAAAAACGCCAUCUCAAACUCAACACACCCGUCGGGCUGCCACUUUGGGUCGCAGCUUCAGGGCCGAUGUCGAGGUCCCCCCUGCUGCCAGUUCAUUUGCUGCCAACUACUACAAAGACGAUGCCACCAGGAUCAAGGAGGCGGCAGCCUAUCGCGCUAAAACUCUGUCUCUGCAGCGCAUGCACUUCAGCAAUACUCCAAAUGCCUAUCAAAAGGAGGAGAUCGAAGAGGUAGGGACUGCGAAUCCAAAAAAGAUCACCAAAUGGACUGAAGGAUCUAGUCGCACUACAGGCGGCACUCUUCUUGCCAGUGAAGAUCCCAACCAAUUCGCGCCGCAGGGUGAUGAUCCACGAGAAUUUAAGGAAAACCUCAAGAAGGUGCGCGAGAUGUACUACAAGGAUGUGCUUACUGCGGGUCCGAAGUCGAAGAUCCUAGAGGGUCUGGGUUUGAAUGACGAUGUUGAUGAAGUUGAUCGCGUGGAUGCUCGCGAUGGAGUUGCCUCUUCCUCCCAAAUUGCUAGUCCACGUGGAACUCUGCUGCGUCUGGACCCCGCUAAUCCGCCCACCCUCGAGCCUGGCCACGUGGUCGUUGUGGGUGCUGUCAGCAAGGGUAUAAUAAACCGUGACCAGCGCCACAAUGUCGGUCUCUUCCAAUCGGUCUUCUCCCCCAACCCCUUCGACCAAGUAACGGAUGAUGAAUUAGAGCGCUACAAACGCAAUGUGGAGCGUAAGGCCAAGGGCUUGCCCACAGAGGAGGAAGAGGAGGAGAUGGAGCGCAGGAAACGAGCUACACUUGAAGCCACUGCCCCUCACUCCUCUCCUCAAAGACAAACAGAAGAUAUUGAGCACGAGUGUGUCCGUUCGGAUACCAGUGCUGAUCCAAGUGUUGAUGGAUCCAAAAGCAGUCGUAAGAAGCGACGCUUUAAGAUGCCGUCGUUUUCUCGAAAGGGCAAGGACAAGAAGAAGGCCUCGAGCUCAAAUGAGACGCCGUCGGUCGACACCCCAAAGUAG